AAGGACCAAUCCGUUCAUUUAUUGAUUUGGGGCACUUUCGACCCUGACUGAUUCCCCUGCCUAAGCUACCCGUUCAGUCGCCCACUAAACUCUGUCCGACAGAAAGGGGUGCUUGAAACAACCCGCUCCUCAAGGCCCUUUUCUUCCCCGCCAAGGCGAACAUCACACACUCUUUCCAUCGCUUGCAUCACUCUAGCCCUUCUUUCUGCGCCCAUCGGGGUUCAACUCUCGACAGUUCGAAAGCAUCUCACAUUGUACCCUUCCGCCGCAGAUCGCAGUGACAAGUACUCAAGAUCUUGCGCAAGACGGGAAGCCGAGACUCCCCCGACCUUCGAAACAUCCACCCCAGCGCUCCGCAAAAGGGUUACGUGUCCAGUCACCUCUAUCGGCCGCGCCAUCGUUAUUCCAUUCAUCAUGUCUUCCUUCACGAAACUCUUGACCGUGCGGUCGGCUCUUGUGGCCUCGGUCCUCUUUCUGGCUGCCCAUGUUCCCACGACCGCUGCCUAUGACGAAGUUUACAACGGAUGCUACUCGAGCUCAACGCCCUUGGAAGAUCAAGGAUCGUACACAUACCAAAGUAACGGAUACUGCCAGAAGUUAUGCUUGAAGGACAACUACGCCGUCUUUGCGCUCCACAACAAACAAGACUGUCUCUGCGGAAAUGAACUACCGGCGUCUUCGGACAAAGUAUCGGAUGACGAAUGCAAUCUGUCGUGUGCUGGCUGGCCCUCGGUCAUGUGUGGCGGUGCAAACACAUACUCGGUCUAUCUAACAGGUAUUGAGGAUGACGUGGAUAACUACUCUUCCUCGAGCAGUACUUCCAGCAAGAGCACCGAAGGGACGUCGACUUCGACAACACAGACACCCACAGUUCAUGCCGUCACGAGCGGCGGGCAGACAGUCUAUGUUACCGAAGCUCCUGCCACCCACGCCGCCGAUGCAAGCGCUACCCCGACCGAGAAGUCAAAAAGCUCAAGUGCCAACACUGCUGCGAUUGCGGCAGGAGUGGUCAUCGGAGUGGUCGGCCUCUGUGCGCUCAUCGGUGCUGGGUUCUUUCUCUGGCGUUUCAAGAACCGUAAGUCGGUGGAAGCGCAAUAUCGUCGCAGUGUUGGCGUGGACGGUUACGGACAGCCCAUGGCACAGGGCAGUGACUCCCGAUUCGAUGGUGAUUUCAUGGCUCAAAAACGGCAAAGCAACGGCAGUAUCGACGACGAUCAAGACUUCUCCCGUCGCAUUCUGCAGGUAGGUUUUACCCUUCCCAUCAUAUUUGAUUUGAGGCUCAAUUAGUUCUCAGGUAACCAACCCCGACCGUCGCUGAGAGUCUCCAAUCAUCCUGGCAAGUCGUCGCGUACUUGCGCCAUCCGAGUCACGUUCUUUCUUUCCUCCUGCAACCCGA